CCCGAAGGCAUCGGUGUUGUUGCUUCUCACUGUCGCGUGCCUGUGUAGUGCGUCGAGUACAGUUUAACAACUGAUCAGUAGGGUUUGCGUCAAGGUUGACUACAAAAACAUUUGCUACGGGUCGUUGUUUAUAUGUUACAAUUGAUAAUUGCUUUUCACAAGAAAUGAACAGCUCUUCAGACUGAAGCUAGCAGCUAGCUUUAGCGCAUAACAACAAGGGGGGCUAGACAGGGAAGACAGGCAGCUGACAGCACAGUGCAGCCUGGCCCUGAAUCUGCAAUGACUGCUCGAAUAGAGUGUAUUUUCUUUAGUGAAUUCCAUCCAACUCUGGGUCCUAAGAUAACCUACCAGGUCCCAGAGGAGUACAUCUCAAGAGAGCUUUUUGACAACGUUCAGGUUUAUAUUAUAACUAAGCCUGAACUGCAAAACAAAUUAAUAACAGUCACUGCUAGGGGAAAAAAGUUAAUUGGGUGCCCUGUGUGCAUCGAGCAUAAAAAGUAUAGCAGGAACGCCUUACUCUUUAACCUUGGCCUUGUUUGUGAUGCACAAACCAACACUUGUGCCCUUGAGCCAAUUGUCAAGAAGUUGUCUGGGUAUCUCACUACUCUUGAGCUGGAGAGUGGCUUCAUUUCCAAUGAGGAAAGUAAGCAGAAACUUCUACCUAUUAUGUCAACCUUGUUAGAAGAACUCAAUGCCACAGGGGCCUGCACAUUACCUAUAGAUGAGUCUAAUACCAUUCACUUAAAGCUGAUCCAGCUACGAAAGGACCCACCGAUUGUUCAGGAGUAUGAUGUGCCUGUUUUUACACAGUGCAAAGAUGAUUUUAUCAAAUCUCAGUGGGAUCUCACCACCCAGCAGAUCCUGCCCUAUAUAGACGGAUUCAGACACAUUCAGAAGAUUUCAGCUGAAGCCGAUGUAGAGCUGAAUCUUGUUCGCAUUGCUGUACAAAAUCUCUUGUAUUAUGGUGUUGUGACUCUGGUGUCGAUAUUCCAGUACUCUAAUGUUUACUGCACCACCCCCAAAGUUCAGAGUCUCAUAGAUGACAAGUCUAUUCAGCAGGAGUGCCUUAACUACGUCAGCAAGCAGGGUCACAAGCGAGCCAGUCUGAGAGAUGUGUUCCAGCUUUACUGUGGUCUGAGUCCAGGAACCACAGUCAGAGAUCUUUGUUCCCGCUACUCGCAACAGCUUCAAAGUGUUGAUGAGAGGAGGUUGAUCCAAUUUGGACUGAUGAAAUCUCUCAUCCGACGGCUGCAGAAGUAUCCUGUAAAGGUGAUCAGUGAUGAGAGGAGCAGGCCACCUCGUCUCUACACUGGUUGCCACAGUUAUGACGAGAUUUGCUGCAAAACAGGCAUCAGUUACCAAGAACUGGAUGAGCGCUUGGAAAAUGAUCCCAACAUUGUGGUGUGUUGGAAGUGACGUGAUAUGAAGUGAAAACAAGCAAACACAAAACAGACAUCUGACUAACGAAUACAGACAUACCUCCACCAAAGAUGCCUUCAGCGAGAAGAAGAGUUUUUUUUGGUAUAAUAGUAUAAUAGUAGCAGUAUUAAACCUGUUGUUGUGUGUAGUAAUAUACUCUGCUUUUUGUCAAGACCUGGGUUCAACGUCUGUUGAAGCCACAAAUAUAAAUGUUGUAUAGAGGACAAUCUGAUUAAUAAACAUACACCACAGUCAUUGGAAGAAACAACAAA